GGCAGCUUCCAUGAAAAUUAUGUAAACAAACUUUAUUUUUUGCGAAAAAAAAUUAUUUUACGUUAAGUUAUUGCCAAAAUAUGAACGACAAACGCCGAAGAGCACGUGUUCAAGGAGGUUGGGCACCAUCAUUAAAUGUGAGAUCCGAUAGAGACAAGGCCAAACCUCAAAACGUUCCAAGCUGGUUUGGAAAAAAUAUAGAUCAGGUGCAGCCUUCCUCCAGUACAAAGAAAUUUGUUUAUGAACAACCAUCAGAGGAACUGAGGCAGAAACCUGCAGACAAAGUUAUAUCGAAACCUGGUGUGUAUGACAUAAGUUCUGAGCCCUCUGGACUAUCCAGGCUGAGAUUCUUUCCUGACUUUCUGGACCCAAAAAAUGCAGAUCAGAUGUACGAGGAAUUGUUUCAUGGAUUACCAUGGCGACAGAGGAGUGAUGUAAAAAAUGGAGAAAAGUAUUUACAGCCAAGGUUGACAGCAUGGUAUGGUGACCAUCCUUACAGAUAUUCAGGAGUCACACAUGAUGCCUGCACUGAGUGGCAUCCUACAUUACAAAGGAUAAAACAUUUACUUGAAGAAAGCACUGGUUUAGAGUUUAACUCAAUGCUGGCCAACUUGUAUCGGGAUGGACACGACAGCCUUGCAUGGCACUCUGAUGAUGAGAAGUCACUCGGACCUGAUCCAACAAUAGCAUCUAUAUCAUUCGGAGAUACUCGCACAUUUCAGAUGAGAAAGAAACCACCAGCUACGGAAAAUGGAGAUUAUACAUAUAUGCAGCAUGUAGAAGUGCCGCUGACUCAUGGCUCAUUGUUAAUUAUGGAAGGUUCUACACAAGAUGACUGGCAGCAUCGAAUACCAAGGGAAUACCAUGAUAGAUCUGGAAGAAUUAAUCUGACUUUUAGAGUUAUCUUUCCUGAUAUGUGAAUAUUAUGAUGCAUUUAUACACAUGGGGUGGUAUCAGUCAUUUUUGUGACAUUUUCUUCUCUCUCUCUUUCUAUAUAUUUAUAUAUUCUCGCGAUCUCACAUAUUGGAAAGUCAGCUGUUCUGUGUUUACUUCUAUCCCUUAAUGCACACUAUCUCUAUAAAAUUCAUUGUAUUGUUGAGAUCCAUUUAAGUUUCUAACGGAAAAUAUAUACCUUCUCUGGUCCCAGUCAGUUACGAAAAAAACUAAGAGGUCACUGCUGAUUUGUGAGACAUGAUAACAGACUUUAGUGUAUAUGCAAAUGUUAAACCAUUACAAAUGUGUAGUAUAAUUUGUAUGAGUAUAAAAAGCAGCAUUGAACUAAUCUUUUUAGGUUAGUGGGCUUGUUAAGAAAUAUGCACUCUGGUUUGUACUAGGCUCUUUGCGGUAAUUGGUCUAGUAUACUGUGGUAUUGAUUGAUUCAUAUAAAUUCUCUCUACUUAACAUUUAUGUUAUUGCUUUUUUUCAUAGUUUACAUGAGGGAUAGGGGCUGUGUUGGAUCACAUGGACAUAUAAUAGUGAUGUGAUUAAAUAGUUUUGAUACUGGUCCCCAGUGGAACAUUCAUUUUCAGUUUGUAUUGGCGACUUAUUUAUUGCAUUUUUAACUAUUUAUUUUAAAUUAUUUAUAUGGAUUGAAGUGAAGUUGGAUGUGUUUUGCAUGAAAUUAUAAUUGUAAUUGAAAAAAAGAUACUUUAUUUUGUGUUAUACAUUGAUUUUACUGAACACAUUUCAAGGCUAACUUUGAAUAGUUAAACCAUUUUAAAUAUGCUGUGCAUUUAUUCCAAUUCAUUUAGUUAAAAAUAAAGAUAAUUAUAUAAUAUGAUCAAUACGAGGCCCAUUCAUUAAAUAAUGAAACUCUUAAGUUUAUUUAACCUUUAGCCUGUGGCGGCAAGUGAUUCUGCCUUUGCGACCAGUGCAGACCAAGAUCGGCCUACACAUCCAAGCAGGCUGAUCAUGGUCUGCACUGUUCGCUAUUCAGUUGGUCAAUUUUCAGGGAACACCCCUUUGAAUAAUAAGCCCAAAUUGAAUGAUGGACCAGUCCAUUUUAGAAAUUUAGCAGACUAAAGGUUAAUAAAACAAAAUGUAACCAUCAGGUUGCUGGGAAGGAAAUACAUGGAACAAGAAUGAACAAAUUCUAUGGCUAGGUUAGAAUGUGUUGAUGUAAUACUGCACUAGGCUCACGGCUGUGAUAUUUUCAUUUAGCAAGAAAUUAUAAAUGACCAAAAUAGCAUUAAUAAUUUUUGAUAACUACAGCUUACAAGAAAACACGAAUCAUAUUAUCCAAAACAGCACACAUUUCCUUUUGCAUUGCUUAGCAGUUCCGGCAUCUUUAAACAUAUCAGAAUUUAAUUUCUUCAGAGUUCUUCCAUUAGUCUUAUUUAUAAGACAUUUGAGCCUAGGACUCCAGUUCAGAGAUAUUUUUGAAUCUUUCCUUUUAAACUAGGUUGGCAUGGCCUCAGUUGAAUUUUGAAAACAAAUUUCUUUCAUACAUUUUAAAUUCAAGAUACUACAUUUUAGGUGUGUUUUAUCGGGAAGAUUGUUCUUUCUGAAAAAUUAUUAACAUUUUGUCCCAGCAAUAUUAGUUGGCAAUAAUAGGGAUAGAUAAUGCAAACAGGGUUACAAUGUCAGUGUUGAUUUCUAUGUCUCCCCUCUUCUGGGGGAGACAUAUUGUUUUUGCCCUGUCCGUCCGUCCAUAUGUCACACUUCAUUUCUGGGCAAUAACUGGAGAGCCAUUUGACCUAGAACCUUCAAACUUCAUAGGGUGGUAGGGCUUAUGGAGUAGACACUGCUUGGUUUUUGGGGUCACUCCAUCAAAAGUCAAGGUCACAGGGGCCUGAACAUGGAAAACCAUUUCCGAUCAAUAACUUGAGAACCACUUGAACCAGAAUGUUGAAACUUCAUAGGGUGAUUGGUCAUGCAGAGUAGAUGACCCCUAUUGUUUUUGGGGUCACUUUGUUAAAGGUCAAGGUCACAGGGGCGGGAACAUGGAAAACCAUUUCCAAUCAAUAACAUGAGAACCACUUGACCCAGAAUGUUGAAACUUUAUAGGAUGAUUGGACAUGCAGAGAAGAUGACCCCUAUGAUUUUGGGGUCACUUUGAUAAGGGUCAAGGUCACAGCAGACAGAACAUGGAAAUCCAUUUCCGGUCAAUAGCUUGAGAUUUAUUAGUCCCCUACUGGUUGAAAACCAGUUUCGGGGACUAUAGGAAUGCACUUUUCCGUCAUUCCGUCCGUCCGUCCGUCUGUCCGCAAUUUCGUGUCCGGUCCAUAACUCUGUCAUCCAUGAAGGGAUUUUAAUAUUACUUGGCAUAAAUGUUCCCCAUGAUGAGACGACGUGUCAUGCGCAAAACCCGGACCCCUAGCUCAAAGGUCAAGGUCACAAUUGGAGGUCAAAAGUCAACAGGGCUUUUUUCCUGUCUGGUCCAUAACUCUCCCAUCCAUGAAGAGAUUUUAAUAUUACUUGGCACAAAUGUUCCCCAUGAUGAGAUGAUGUGUCAUGCGCAAAUCCCGGACCCCUAGCUCAAAGGUCAAGGUCACAAUUGGAGGUCAAAGGUCAACAGGGCUUUUUUCCUGUCCCGUCCAUAACUCUCCCAUCCAUGAAGAGAUUUUAAUAUUACUUGGCACAAAUGUUCCCCAUGAGGAGACGACGUGUCGUGCACAAAACCUGGACCCCUAGCUUAAAGGUCAAGGUCACAAUUGGAGGUCAAAGGUCAACAAGGCUUUUUUCCUGUCCGGUCCAUAACUCUCCCAUCUAUGAAGGGAUUUUAAUAUUACUUGGCACAGAUAUACCUCAUAAGAAGACGAUGUGUCAUGCACAACUUUCAGACCCCUAGCUCAAAGGUCAAGGUCACACUUAGCAGUCAAAUGUUAACAUAGCAUGAACAGGGUCUGUUUCGUGUCCGGUCCAUAACACUGACAUUCAUAAAGGGAUUUUAAUAUCACUUGGCACAAUUGUUCCCCAUGAUGAGACGACGUGUCAUGCACAAAUCCCGGAACCAUAGCUCAAAGGUCAAGGUCACAAUUGGGGGUCAAAGGUCAACAGUUUUUUUUCCUGUCCCAUCCAUAACUCUGCCAUCCAUGAAGGGAUUUUAAUAUUACUUGGCACAAAUGUUCCCCAUGAUGAGACAACAUGUCAUGCGCAAAGCCCAGACCCUUAGCUCAAAGGUCAAGGUCACAAUUGGAGGUCAAAGGUCAAUAAGGUGUUUUCCCUGUCCGAUCCAGAACUCUGUCAUCCAUCAAGGGAUUACAAUAUUACUUGGCAUAAAUGUUUCCCAUGGUGAGACGACGUGUCAUGCGCAACACCCAGUACCCUAGCUUAAAGGUCAAGGUCACACUUUGAGAUCAAAGGUCAAGAGGAUUUUUUUCCUGUCCGGUCUAUAACUUUGUCAUGCAAAGUAGGAUUUAGAUAUCAGUUGGCACAAAUAUUCCCCUGGAUGAGACAACAUGUCAUCGCAAGAACCAGGUCCCUAGGUCUAAGGUCAAGGUCAUAUUUAGAGGUCAAAGGUCAAAUUCAAGAAUGACUUUGUAAGGAACAUUUCUUCUUCAUGCAUGGAGGGAUUUUGAUGUAACUUGGACCAAAUGUUCACCACCAUGAGGCACUCUUGUUUUUAGAAUUACGUCCCUUUGUUAUUACUAUAAAUAGAUUUUAUUGUAACUUUUUUAUUACUGGCGGUAGAGAAAAAUCGAGACCACUUUUCUGUGGUACAGCAUGCAUGUUACAUCCAAUUUUUAGGUGUAUUUUGACCUAUCUCUACCUGGUAAAGAGUUUCUUUUGGACUUAUGUUAUAUAGAUUUUUUUUUUUUUUUUUUUUUUUUUUUUUUUUUUUAUAAAGAUUAAUUUCCCUUUGUUGUUACUAUAAAUAACUUACAUGAGAACAUUUUUAUAAUCAGCCAAAAAAAUUCAAUAUGAAAACAACUGUGGGUUUUUAUAUAUGCACAUUUUAAUCCAAGUGUGUUGUUAUAACAUAUUGUAUAUGUAGUACAAUAUUGUUUAUACAUCAUUGACAGAUAUCAGUUCAUUAUGUUAUACUGCAGUAGAGAAAAUUAGGUGCCUUCCAGUAGGGGACUUUGUAUUGCAUGGCAAUACUUCAUUCACUUGUUUGUUCUAGAACCUUCAAACUUCAUAGGGUGAUAGGACUUACAGAGUAGAUGACCCUGAAUAUCUUUGGGGUCACUCCAUCAAAGGUCAAGGCCACUGAGGGCUGAACAUAGAAAACUCUUUCCAAUCCAUAACUUGAGAACCACUUGACCCAGAAUGUUGAAACUUAUUUGUGCAUUCGUGUCCGGUCCAUAUCUUUGUCAUCCAUGGAUGGAUUUUCAAAUAACUUGGCAUGAAUGUGUACCAAAGUAAGACGACAUGUCGUGCACAAGACCUAGAUCCGUAGCUCAAAGGUCAAGGUCACAGUUAGACGCUAAAGGUCAUUUUUCAUGAUAGUGCAUUCGUGUCCGGUCCAGACCUUUGUCAUCCAUGGAUGGAUUUUCAAAUAACUUGGCAUGAAUGUGUAUCACAGUAAGACAACGUGUCGUGCGCAAGACCCAGGUCCGUAGCUCAAAGGUCAAGGUCACACUUAGACGUUAAAGGUCAUAUUUCAUGAUAGUGCAUUGAUGGGCGUGUCCGGUCCAUAUAUUUGUCAUUCAUGCAUGGAUUUUAAAAUUAUUGGGCAUGAAUGUGUACCACAGUAAGACGACGUGUCGUGCGCAAGACCCAGGUCCGUAGGUCCAAGGUCCUAAACUCUAACAUCGGUCAUAACUAUUCAUUCAAAGUGCCAUCGGGGGCAUGUGUCAUCCUAUGGAGACAGCUCUUGUUUACAAAAGCAUCUUCUAGUUACAUAUCUUUUUGUUUUACCGGUAUGUUUUUACAGACAUCAGAAUUUUCUUGCCAUUUAGCGCUGAAAUAAAAUCUGUUUUUAGUGUGCUUGCUCAAAAAACCUCCCUGUCACCUUCUCAAAAAAAAAUGCACUGCAGUCUUUAAUUUUUGCAUUUGUUUGCCGAGCGUAAUAAGUUAACAUUUCAUACUUUUUGAAUGGCUUGCCAGUCAAUAGUCAGAACUAUUGCCUGAGGUCUUAGGGUCAAUAGUUAUGACUAUUGACCAGCAAGCCAUUUGUUAAGUGUUUUAUAAUAUGACAUCAGGAAUUGAUUUUCAAGUUUUUGACCUAUUAGCUCAGCAAAGACAUGUUUAAUAUGGACUUGCCUGUUACAUGCAGCACAAACUAUAGACAGUUGAUUUAUAUUUAUAAGGAGUCAUGUAAUAAAGAAAUUAAGUGCAUGGUUUCAGUGAAUUAAUGAAAUAUUAUAGUGAAAAAUAUCUAAUCAUUUCCCUGUUAAAAUAUCAAAUCUUUGUAUCUUGAAUUCCAGGGGACCUACCAUUUUACUUGGAGGUAACUGAAAUUCAUCUUAAAAAUUAUGAUUCUACUUGGUGUUGGUCUUUUUUUUUGCUAAAAUUGUUGCCAUAGCAACAUAAAUAUGUUAGCAUAUACAUUCUAUAAACAUUCAGAGUGUAAAUAGCAAAUUGAAAUGCAAUUUGUUUCUAGUUUUAAUUAAGUAAUUUUUUUAACACAUGAUCAUGGCAAUAUUUUUAUUUAAAAAUCAAAUAUAAACUUUGACACACCAGGACAUAAAAUAUUUCCUUUUGUUAUUAAUCUAUUUCAGCAAAAGUGAAGUUUUAAGGAGGGCAACACUUAAAUACUGAUGUUUACAUAUGGUUUUGCACCUGUCUACAUUAUUAAUUAUUGCAUACAUGACUGGCAUUUCUUGUGAUUUCGCUGAUGCUAGAAAACUCCAUCUUACACCCUUGAAAUGCUGCAAAUGACAUAUAAAUGCUUAUAUCUAUGCAGUGGUUUUGUGCAGUAAUUAUUACCUUUUUUACAUAAAACUGGAUAAAAAUCAAAUACCUUGACAGUUCCUGUUUGUUCUUUACAUAAUUUCUCGUUUCAAAACAAUUGUUUAACAAAAAAAUGUAACAUUUUACUGCAAGUGAUAAAAUAAAACCAAACUCUUAUGUUGCUUUUGCCUUUGUAAUUAUCAUGGCAGAUUUCUUGUUUUGGGACAUUAUGUUCCCAUGCUUAGUUUAGCAGGUUACUGUAAGAUAAAAGUGCAGUAAGAUGUUUGAUUUUCUUUUUUCUUUUAUUUGUUGAAUAUGGCAUGCAAGAGGAAGAUUUUAUCACUUGUUGUAUGUUGUGCAGAUAGGAAUCUGGUUGUCAAGUAACAGUUUACGCAGUAACUCGGUAGAGCCUCGUUGCCACUUAAACAGAUACCCUCCAGCCAGAUAUUCCCAUCUGCAUCUACUACCAGUGAAAGGAUUUUAUAGCUUUACUUAAAAUUUUAUACUAAUGAAACUAAACGAUUUACCAAAAAAUCGUCUUGGUACUUGUAUUGAUUGAUAAAGUAAUUUACCGGUAAUGAUAGCUGGAACUGAAAAUUGUUUUUAUGUAAUAUGCAGGCAAUACUGUUGUUGUUUUCUGUACAUACAUGUAGCUUGUUCUUUUUAAAGAGAUUGAUUUUAAGCUUUGUACCUGUAUUAAAAUAUGACUGGUGCAUUUAUUGUUCAUGCCAAGUAGGUUAUACUUGUUAUGUUUUAUUCAUAAAAAGAAAUAAAUCUUACGAAGAAUA